AUGGCUGCUUUCACAUUCUCUUCAGCACUUGCCUCCCUUCACUCCCAUCGGAUUUUCUCAAAUUGUUCUCCUUCCGGAAAUACCUUUGCUAGUUCCUUCUAUCCUCGUCCCUACCCCGCCGUUAUCUCUUCCUCUGGACGCCGUAGUCUCAGAUCUCCGCUCAAUCGUCGCCAUCCGAGCGUCGUCGUUUCUGCGCUACAGAAUCUGUCGGAUUCCGAGCUGGUGGAGGUAUCUUCCGAUUGCGACGGAAUAUUACCCUCCGGUGCCGGCGUCUACGCCGUCUACGAUGGCGACGGCGAGCUUCAGUUCGUCGGCAUAACGCGGAACCUCGCCGCCAGUGUCCUCACCCAUAAAAAAUCGGUGCCGGAUCUCUGCUGCUCCGUGAAGGUUGCGGAGGUAUCGGACCCCAACAAAAACGCGCUAACCGAAGCAUGGAAAUCGUGGGUGCAAGAGCACAUAUCCUCAACGGGCAAAGUCCCACCGGGAAAUGAAUCCGGAAACUCGACAUGGGUAAAAAACGCCCCACCACGUAAAAAGGCCGACCUGCGACUGACCCCCGGCCGUCACGUGCAGAUAUCGGUUCCUCUGGAGAGCCUUAUCGACCGACUGGUGAAGGAAAACAAAGUGGUGGCUUUCAUCAAAGGCUCGAGAGGGGCCCCACAGUGCGGGUUUUCGCAGAGGGUUGUGGCCAUCCUCGAGAGCCAAGGGGUGGAUUACGAGAGCGUGGACGUGCUUGACGAGGAGCAUAAUGGAGGGGUUAGGGAGACUUUGAAGAGGUAUAGUAACUGGCCCACAUUUCCUCAGGUGUUUGUGAAUGGGGAGUUGGUCGGGGGUUGUGAUAUUUUGACGUCCAUGUAUGAGAAGGGUGAGCUGGCGGGUUUGUUCGAGUAG